CCAGGUCUAAAGCCCAACAGGCGGCAGAGAGCGCCGCCGAGGAAGUUUUUCACCGCCAGUUUUCGGCCAGAAAGCUCAGGUCUCUGGGGAAAGGAGUGUAUAUGAUGUGGAUCUGGUACAUUAUACUCGGCUGGAGAACAAUUGAGAGCCAGCUGCUUUCAGGGAAUAACUUCACCACAGAGUGCAACAUCCCUGGAAUUUUCAUUUGUGGAGAUGGGAAGUGUGUCCCAGGAGGGUGGCAAUGUGAUGGAUUGCCCGAUUGCUUUGACAAGAGUGACGAGAAAGGCUGCCCUAAAGUCAAGUCCAAGUGUGCACCUACGUUCUUUGCCUGUGCCAAUGGGGUCCACUGCAUCAUUGGACGUUUCCAGUGUAAUGGCUUUAGUGACUGCCCUGACGGGAGUGAUGAAGACAACUGCACAGGUAACCCCUUGGUGUGCUCUGAGGCCCGCUUCAGGUGUCGAAACGGCCGCUGUGUCGACCGCAGCUUUUUAUGUAACGGUCAGGACAACUGCCAGGAUAACAGUGACGAAGAGCUCUGCCUGAGUACAGAAGAAGCGUCCGGGCAGGACUUUGUGACGUUGGACUACCGUCUGCGGUACUACCCCAGCAUCACCUACGCGGUCAUCGGGAGUGCCAUCAUCUUCGUGUUGGUUGUAGCGUUGCUGGCCUUGGUGCUUCAUCAUCAAAGGAAGAGGAGUGUUCUGCUUCCCACUGGUGUAAGGGGAGCCUCCCACAACCAACAACCGUUGCUGCUGUCCCGCUUGGUCAUCUUGGAUCACGGCCACAUGCAUCCCGGUGAUCCGGGUCUCUCUCCUGGCUCCCCUUCUGCAGUCAACCAAUUUAGCUCAUCUCCUCAGAUGCUGCGAAUCCUGUCUGAUGAUACUCUUUGUUCGACUGCACAGCCAGUGGAGACGCCUCCAUCAUACUCUCAGGCCGUCAUGGAUGUCAGUCGGCCUCCCUGGUUUGACCUCCCACCUCCUCCUUACCUACCAGAUGGGGAAGAAGCUUCCGAAGGCGACUUGCCCCAUUACGAGAGCCCUUCUCCAUCUGUCGCCGUCAGAACUACGUCCUCAAACAGUCAGCCCAGUUCAAAUUUUACUUGACAGUUGGCAGAUCAGCUUUAGCUACUCUCCAAGUGACUCCCUGGUAGCUACUGUGGGACUUCACAAAGGCGCACAUUCCAGAGCGCAGACCUCCUGAGAGCACAAUUACAGGAGACUGAACAACGUUGGGAAAUCACCUCAUCUUGAAACGUAGUCUUGUGUCUUGGCGACCCCUAGUGGACACGUCUGCAGAGCCACAUCUCUGUCAGAAUGAGUCGUUACUUCAUUUCAUUUGAAUUGAUUCCACAACCAGUUACCACUCCCUUAGAGAAUUAUCUCAAGUUAGUUAGGAAGACUGUGUUAAGAGUGCCAAUAAGAUAUAUUUUUUCACUGCGGAACAGUAAAUAAUUCAAUCCCACGAGGCCUUUUUGAGGUUCUAGGCAACAGUAUAUAUACUGCCUCUGCUCUCAAUAGAGGUGUCUGUAAAGCCAUUUCAGGAAUUAUUCAAUAUCCUUGUUAUUGAGCUUAAGAUCCAUUUUCCUUGUUGUUAGUAGAAGGGAUAGUUCAGCACACAACUCAGAUUUUGCAUACAUGCACAAAUGGCUUUAUGCAAAACACUUAUGCGUUUGCUCUUUGUCUUACUAGUACAACGAGACCGUAAGCUGGCAGGACAACUACUUGUAACAAGUGAGACUACUGCUUGGUACUAGUACUAGACACAUGAUACAAUUCUACUUGUUAACAUCUAGCACUUCAAGAGAACGGCUUUUGCCUCACUCGUAGUCGUCCUACUGGUAAGUGUACAAGUUGUCCCAACAGUGAAAACAAAGAGCAAUUUGAUGCCCUACUACCCUCUGAAUAGUCUUACUUGUGAUGACAGCAGGCGUACUAGUACGGCCCUUUAGCUCGAUAUCAAGUACAGUGAACCCUCGCUAUAACGCGGUUCACCUUUCACGGCUUCGCUAUUUUACAUGCAACGAACUUCCUACGAUCGACCCAUGACCGCACGUAUACACGCACGCACAGACACACGCCAUGAUGCGCGCAAUGGCCAUAAUGGCCCUUAACAUGAACAAAACAGUAAAAUAAAGUAGAUACAAGAGUUUGUGAGUUGAUGAAAAGGAAAUCAUUCACUACCUGAGUACAGAACUGAUGCGACGCAAGGGACGCACUUUUGCGGCGUGUUAAGUGUGGAAACGAUCAUACGUACGUGUACCGUUUUAAAAUGCUUCUCCUGGCACUCCAGAUUCCCAUUCUUUGAAACAAACUUCAUCCAUCCAUCCAUUAUCGGAACCGCUUUAUGCUCACGACGGUGGUGGGCAUGGGUAAACAAGAGUUCAUUGUCCAUCGAAUAAAUGCUCAAAAGGGCUUUCGAUGGAUGUGUUGCUUUUCAACCACAGUAAGUCUCCCCAGUAAACUUUUGAGGACCAGUUUGUUUUGACAACCCCACUCAAAUAUGCUCUUUCCUCCUGAUUUGUGACCACAUAUUGUUUUCAAAACUGAGCAGUGUUACGCAAAGAGGCUUGGGAUCGGUCCUCCAAAACAGAGGAAAAAACACUCAGCCCCUGAAUCGGUACAUGGGUAGUGUCAGCAAGAUAUGCAAGUGAUGUUAUUCCACUCAGUGGAAAUCGACUUUGGUUGCACCUCAUUCAAAGUCACCUCUGCAUUAUGUUUCCUGUAUGGGAGGUUUAUUUUUGUGUGUGUUUAAAACAUUUGGCGACUCCAAAAGAAGUAUAAAACAUUUGAUAUAUUUGACACCUGCUAUUCUGUGAAUUUUCAAAUCUCAGUAUUGUUGCCUUAUUUGGGUUAAUACACUAAGCAGUAUUUCAAUUUUACGUUAAGCGUUGGAAAAGUGUUUGUAUAAAACGUGGUUGUAAAUUCACAAAAGCAGCUAACUCAUUGGUACUCGUUUGUAGUUUUAAUGUUUUACAAAAGAAUGUAUCACAUGCCCACUAAGUGGCAGUUCAUGUAAGACUACUUCAAAUGACUUUUUAGAUAUUUCAACUGCAUUGUUUGGAACAAUUCUUAUUUGGAGGAGGGUUCUUUAAAAGCAACACUAGAUUUUUCAGCUUCUUGUGUCACAAUAGUUGCUAAUAGCUUGUUUUGUUUUAUUUGGACAUAAAGUGGACCAAUAACAUUUCAGGAAAUUACACCCAAAAAAAAGCAAAGAACCUACAACUACUCUGCAUUUAGCUGAAGCAUUCCUCCACUCAAACACAAUGACAACAAAGGCACUUCUGGUCAUUUUCACUUUUCAGACUGAAGACGUGUUAUGUUAGUUACAAACAACCAGUUGUAUUAUGCAACAAGAAUAUGACGCCAUUUUACUUCAACUAAAUGAUUUUGAUGGCACUCUGGCUUGUAAAAAGGAGAAUGGUGGCUCUGCUCCUGACGUCAUAUGGUUCAGUGUUCUAUUUUGGCUGCUCAACCUGAAUACAGUUCAUGUUGCUUGCAUAAUAUUACUGAUCGUGAUUGCGUGCCCUGCCUUUUAUUUCCUAAUGAAAUGAAGAGUGUUUAUUUCAGUCUUUAUUGCUAUGGCUUUAUUCCAAUACCUGAAAAAAAUGAAAAUUGUAUUUUGAAUCUUCAAAAGACAUUCACUGCUGAUGAACUAUUAUGAAAAUAACAUGCAAUAUUUUCUGAAAUUAAAUCACACGUGCUGGGGAACGUCCAUCCGCAAUUUUCAAGAUCAAAAGUGAUGUUACCUUUUUUCAUCUCGGUCAGCUUGUCAGUAAAUUUACUCACUGAAGGAUCUGAUUUUAUGUGUUUGUUCUUUUGGCUUCAACCCUGUAAAAAAAAUUACAUUAUUUACUUUGUAAAAAAACAUGUGUAUUCCUUUCCGCAACAAAAGAACAUCCAUGUCACCUUGCUGUGCAUAUAUAUUAUAUUAUAUUAUAUUAUAUUAUAUUAUAUUAUAUUAUAUUAUAUUAUAUUAUAUUAUAUUAUAUUAUAUUAUAUUAUAUUAUAUUAUAUUAUAUUAUAUUAUAUUAUAUUAUGGUAUCAUCAAGUCCCCUGAGGUGUGUCGUAGUUUGUGCAUCAUGUACUGUAUAUUAAAAUGAUGUACAAUUCUGAUCCUUAGACCAUAAAAACAUUUUGCAAAAUGUA